UAGGAUGCUGGUUACCCUAUGUUAAUGUACUAUUCUUUGGCGACCCUUAAUAUCUUUUUGGUCUUUGCUACCAUUGUCUCAACAUUUAGUGGAUUUCCAAUGUAUUCAUGUAAUGACCAUCAUAAAAAUAUAGAAUUUAAAAUAUAUUGCAGCAGUUCUUUAUCGGAUGCGUUACAACUAAUUUGUGGGGGCAAAUUUUAUUCGUUUUCAAAAAAAUUUCCUGAAGCAAUUGGUGGCCCAUUAUCCACAAGAAUGUACCGUGAGUCUGCGUUUCUAAGAAAACUUAUUCCAGAAGAUUUUUUUCAACCAUUAAAUGGCAAUGGUUCGAUACACGAAUGCUGCCGUCGUCCAUGUGGCUACUCGGAGCUCAAAAUGUACUGUGCAAAUGAUUAGAUGAAUAGGAACUAUAACUAUCAUAAGAAAGCCUAUGUGAUAUAACUCUAUACCCUAAGCAAAACUAAAAAGAAAAGCAUGUCCUAUAAAAUAAUUUUGUGAUUUGUAUUUUUUAUUCCUCUCUUGUACUGUUCCCACCUCUUUUCGUUUUUUGUUUUUUUUUUUUUUUUUUUUUAAUUUUUUUUUCAAUUAUCUUAUGAAUAUAAAAAAUCUCUUUCACACUUUCCAUAACUUGGCUUGUUGUAUAAUUUUAAUUAUGUAUUUAUGUUUAUUAUCGGUAAAAGCUCAAUUACAGGCCAAACUAUAAUUUUGUCUAGGUCAAAUAUAAGUUAAGGAACGCGAUUAAAAUCUCUGUUUUUUUUUUUUUUAAUAAUUCAUUAUGUACAAUACUCGUUUAGAUACUUUAUUAAUAUAUUU